GGCUGAAGAGAAUGAUUCCUCCCUAGAGGAGGUUCUGGGGGCCUUUACAGCUCCUGCAGAUGCAGUGAGGGCCAACUGUGCUGCCCAUUAAACUGGCAGCUGCCUGUUUUCUUUUCCAGAGCCUUGUUUCAUCAGGUACACAUAUUUAUUGAGUGCCUACUGUGUACCAGACGCCAUGCCAGGCAUUGUUGGAAAUUAGACUUUCCAUUUUCUCUGCACACCCCUCAUUUAACAGUUGCUUAGGAAUGCUGGCUCUGUCCCUUGACCCAUAGCCUGGGAGGAGAGAGCUGGAGAAAGAUCAGAGUUCACAAGUGAGCAGACCAGGGAGCUACCAGCUUGCUGAGAUGUUAAAAAUGACCAAUCUUGUUCAGCUGAAAGGGAAAGGGGCUUUUUUUUUUUUUUUCUGGGAGCUAAUAUGACUGCCUAGAGGGAGGGGCUGGACAAGAGGGCCUCUUCUUUCUCUAGGAGUGUCUGCCUAAGAAGGAGAGUUCCCUGCCCCCCAAACCCUAGGUCUCUGCAUUUUCAGAUGUGAUAUUCUCCAGGUGCACCUUGCUGCAAGUUCAUGGAGCUGAGCACUUUCCUGCGCUUCCUUUCCCUUUGCUCUUCUUCUGUUUCCUAGAUUUGAUCUUUCCUGCACCCCUGUUCUUAACCUACUCCAGAUAGCCCAAGGGCAUUCAUGGAAGUGGUGAGACAUUUUAGGCCCUUGGGGACCGUUUUAGAAGGAUGGAGUUGCCUGGGGAGGAGCUAAGAAGGUAGGUUGGAAAAAUGCCCCUGGGGUCUUAGUGCUCUGUUUCCUAAACUGCCCAGGUUAGGGGAUUUGUGUGGUGUUGUUUUUUUGUCGGUAUUCUGCUCCCAGUGAUUUCUAAUGGCUGUGCCUGUAUAAGAGGUAGCACCUUGAAUGUGGGUAGCAUGGAACAGUGCUUAUCAGUCUUUAGUAGAUUCUUCUUUAACUUCCUAUGAGCCCAUAGUAUGAAUAUCAUUUUUAAUACAAUGUUACUCAAAUAUAAAAACAUAAAGCCAGAUACAACUAUUCCAUAUCUAGAGACCUAUAAAUCCCAAAUAAAGGGAUGAUUUAAGUGCAAAGGCAAAAACCCUAUACAAUUAAACAAUUUAAUGAGAUGAAUGCUGCUUGACUUGAAGUUAGGUCAUUGCUUUUAAUGCCACUGUGGGCUGACUGCUGUGGAGUUGGUUUUUAGGAGCUCUGCAGGCCUGUGAUGCCCAUGCUUGGUGGUGUUGCAGUCUCCCUAUUGCUUUUCUCUAUAAAAGUCUUUUCAUUCGCCACGGAUCUGACUUCAUUUGGCUUCUCUUGGCUUGAAUGCAUCAUUUAUGUUCAGCAUUAAGUCAUUUCUCUUCUUUUUCCUCUAGCUCAUCACAAUACGAUUGUAGACACAAAUAGAAACUUGGAAUUUGGGGACUGAAAUCUUGCACCCAAGAGAUACUGGAAUAACGAAUCCCUUCUGUGGGGAUAGUGGUCUGAUUCAACAGCUAUUUAACAGAGUGGCCACUGGGUGCCAAGGACAGUGUUUUGUGCUUUUAAUAUGUUAACUCAUCACAUUCCUGUGUCCUACAUAGGCCAGGACUGCAGAGAAAUUCCAGAGCACCUUGGCAGGGACUGUGGACAUUUCGCAAAGAGGCUUGAUCUGAGCUUUAACCUUCUGAGGUCACUGGAAGGACUGAGCGCAUUCAGGAGCCUGGAGGAACUCAUCUUGGACAACAAUCAGCUGGGGGACGACCUCGUGUUGCCAGGGUUACCCAGCCUGCAUACCUUAACCCUCAACAAGAACCGAAUCACCGAUUUGGAAUAUCUCCUGGAUCACUUGGCAGAAGUGACACCAGCUCUGGAGUACCUCAGCCUGCUGGGCAAUGUGGCCUGUCCCAACGAGCUGGUCAGCUUGGAAAAGGAUGAGGAGGACUACAAGAGAUACAGAUGCUUUGUUCUGUACAAGCUGCCCAACUUGAAAUUUCUGGAUGCCCGGAAAGUAACCAGACAAGAACGAGAGGAGGCGUUGGUCAGAGGAGCCUUCAUGAAGGUGGUGAAGCCCAAGGUUUCCAGUGAGGACACUGCCAGCUCCCCUGAGCACCACUACACGCCCUUGCCUUCUGCUUCCAGGGAACUCACCAGUCACCGAGGCUUACCUGCUUUGUUACUUCUGAAUCUAUAUUCUGUGUCCUGGGGAAGUGUCGCUAUGUUUACUAUGGGAAAAACUCAGAAGGCAACAGGUUUAUCCGAGAUGACCAGCUCUGAAGCCAAGUUCUGUAUACCUUCACCCAUUUCAUGAAAAUAAAAUCAAAAGGAAGAUCAAAAAUAAAGAAAAUGCUAAAGAAAACACAAUAGCCCACGUUACCUCUCUUUGGGAAAGACUGUGACUUCAGCCUUUGGUACCUUCUGCUGACUUUGCCAGGCCUGUCAAGAUCAUCCUUCUGCCUUAGACUGAGUGGUCACAUAGAGAUUGACAUGAUUGCCCUUAAGCAGGUCUCAUCCACCAGGGUGACAGACAGCAGUUGUGAAGCAAUGGGGCUGACAGCAUGAACACCAUGAUAGAUUGCCUGGUCCUGCCACUGCUCACAGGGGAGCAGAGGUCACACCUGGGGCCUCCCUGGGCAUGCUCAGUGGCUGCAUUCAAGUGAGAAAGACUGUCUUUAGAUCGCCUAUUGAGUUGAAAUCUCUCUGAUAUCAUCGUGCUGCAGGCUUAUUUUUAGUGAAAUAAUCACAGUGUAGGGGAAAGCUACUCUCCCUCACUCCCUUUAAAUCUUAACCUCUGCAUUCUGCAUAUACAUAGCUCCCGUCUCUUCCCCUCCACCUUCCUUUAGCAUCAUUUUUAUGACACGUGGUGCAUUUUGGUUUGCAGCUUUUCAGGGAACAAGGUAUAACUUCCCAGCCAGGUCAUACAUUUAUGGCUGGCUUCAUGUUGCUACAAUCCCUUUAUUGGAGUAAAUAGCUUUCCCUAAAUCCCUGACUACAAAAGCAUGGACUUUUAUCUUGUUUCAUUCAUCUCUAAAUCCACUUCUUGCCCUGAAUAUGAUGCAGUGUAAGGCAGUAAGUCAUCUUUCUCAGUACGAGGGUUUGGUUGCACCAGGGACUCUUAUUUAUUAAUUUAUUUUUAACCGUAUACACUUCCAGCGAUGCCUGUGGCCAUACUUGUGUGUGGGGCUGGCUUGCUCCUUUGGGUGCUAUUUAAAGGUAGUGAGGUAAUGAAAGAUAGAGUGAUGGGUCAGGAGGUUAAAAAACAAAAUUAAGACUAUAGAAAACACCCACCAGACCACAGAGUUUUUAUAGAAGGCACAAACCUUUUGGAUUUCAUAUGUUUCUCAUGACCUCUUAGAAAUCAGAUCCAUAGGUUAUGAGACUGUUAUUUCUUCCUAUAUCCUUGGCUGUGCACUAAUGUCACAAGGAACAUAAGUAUGAUCAUUGCUAGUUGGGUGGCUAUAAGCUUACCUAACUUGCUGGUGCACCAGUCAAAUCACUCUAGAAGAUAUUCAAAAGGCUGAUUGUUCUUGACACGAUAGCGUUUAUUUUUCUGCUUAUCUUUAGACCAAGUGCUCAUUGUGCUCACAGUAUUAGGUCAGUUUGAUGACAGCAAAACCUGAAAGAGAAUCCCUCCAAGUUAUAGAUACUGAGGGACUAGGGAACUGCUAUUGUAAAUCUCUGGGGACUCAGAAUCCCUAAGCUGCCCAAAAAGAGCCUACUUUUUCCGCUCUAGCCCAUUUAUGUAGCCUCUGGCCUACUGAGUCAACACAGGCCUUGAAUGACAUGUAUUGAGGCUGGCGGGAGUCCUGCUUACAGAUUAUCCUUUGUUAAUCAGUUCUUGAGAGAAGUUAAGAUUAAAAUCCUCAAAACUACAAAUAAUUGGAGAACGCUGAAUGUCUGCCUCUAUCUCUGUUUGAUUUACAAAACGGCACUGGAAUAAUGCUUUAAAUUAUCUCCAUUUGGUUCCUCCCCGGGUUGUUGUUUAGAAGCAUCAACACAUGUUUUCUUCUUGGCAUCAUGUGGGCAGCCAGAGUUCUGUGCAAGAGCAGCUAGACGAGUCGGAUGUCAUAUCCAAUCUAGCCGCACAUAUAUCCUUGUCUUUAUAAAAGGCUUUAACCCUGCCUCAAACAAUAAAAAAGCACUUGUGAACUGACCACAGAAUUUUUCCAUCUUUAUUUUUCUUACUUGUUUACUUUUUUUAAUGUCAGAACCAUUUGUAUCAUGUGCAGGAAUGUCUCCCUCAAUGUGAGCUUUGGAGGCAACACAUAUUUUUGGAGUGAGUUAUUGACCACACUGUUUCCCUCUCUUUGGGUUGUUUAUUUUCUUCCAAAAUGGUGCAAUAACUUUCAUUAAGAUUAGCUUCAAUUAUAAAUUACCUAAAGGCCACCACGAAGGUAUAUUCAUCUUAUUGAUAGAAUUAUAGUGAGUUUUGUUUCUCUUAAGGAGGGAUAAUGAUAAUGAAUUAGUGCUGGGUUGCUCACAGUUCCACUGGCGUGUUAACCAAAAUUUGCUAUGCUAGAGCUAGAUUUUGGUCUGAAGUGGCAGAGGUAGAAGCCAUGUUGCAUGUUUAUCUUGAAUCUGUAGGAAUUUCCCAAACCUUGUUUUUCGAAGUUGAGGAGAAGAAAGUAAUCAAUUCAAUCAGGAACCAGACAUGUUUUGUACUUUCUCUACCCUUUGGUCUUUCUUCCUUUUAUGCCAUUCCACUGAGUUUGUUCUUUGGGGAUUGUGGUGCCUGACAUCCCUGUCUUCCCCCUCCCAGGACACUGACCUGAGUGGAGAGACCUCGGCAAUUCAAGGCUGUCCUGCAGCUCUCUGUGGCCUCAGCAAUGUCAGGGCGACUGUCUCUUUCCUAAGUAACAUAAUUUUAAAGAACAAUUUGUUCCUUAGGGAAUAAUGUCUUGGAUUGUGGGGAAUCCUAUUAAAAGUACAACUAUUGCAAUCAUUUGCUUUUACUUUCACCAGCCUCGCUCAUAAACCUCCAUCUGUUUGUUGCUUUAAAUAGAAGCACAUUAUAAGAGAUUAUCACUUGAUCAGGCGGCGUGUCUGAGUGUUGUGUGUUUUCACAUAUUCAUGUACACGAAGAAAUAAAAGAAAGCAAACCACA